GUCUUUCCUUAAGAUGAAUAAGUGCGAUAUAAAAUAACUCGUUGAAAAAAAUCGAAGAAUCUGAACACAUGUUCUUGUGAGAACAAUCGAUGAAAGUGAAAUUGUUUCUCAAUAACUAAUCGCUUUUGUUUCAACACCUAACCAAGGAAAACUAUCCAUAUUUUCUAACUCAAAUACACAUGGAACAAAAUUGUCCGUAGUCAUGAUAAGCAUAACAGAUAACGAAGCACACAAUUCGAACCUGAGCAACCACUACUUCUCCUCGUUAAUCUCUCCAUACAUAUUACUCAGGAUUCUAACCGAAAAUACAUUAUUAAUCCUCCAAUGGGAAGCGAUAUUCUUUCACGCCUUCUUUAAUCUGAAUAAUAUCACGAGAAAGAUAUUACCGACUAUUAAAGGAGAAACUUUCCCGCAAUUAAAACGGCCGGAGGAAACAAUUAGCGAGCCGUGUUGGGAAAAGAUAAACGUCGAGAAUGUAGAGAAUCUGAAGACAGUGGAGCAAGCUGGAAAAAAGAAGCGCACUGAAAAGAAACUUCAUCGGCCUGUGGAGAAAACAUGGAUGGACCAAGCAGGAAAAGCACAACGCGAAGCAGAAGAAAAGGAACGCUUGCGUAAAUGGGAAGAAUGCUGGCAAAAAAAGUUUGAGGCUCAAGAAGAACGCGAUAAUGCCGAAUGUUGCGUGGGCAAAGAUUUAUGCGUGAAACCUAGAACACAAUCAAACAUUUGGAUCAAUGUGACUAAGGAUCGAUCCCUUCAAGAAAUACAUAUGUUCAUCAAGCACGUUCCAGUUCCAAAGCCAAAGCCUCCGCCUCUGCCACCGCCGAAAGUACAAAAGACUCCGAUUAUUUCACCAAUGGAAAGAAUCGCGAAGCAAAGAGUUGACAAAAUGAGCGGUACGGAGAAGAAGAAGAAGAAGGAGAAGACGAAGAAGAAGUAGCAGUAAACGAAUCCGGCAAUAAGCCGGUUCCUUUGCGAUCACUUUGCUCGAAUAUCUUUCCUUUACAUUCUUCUUCGCUACGCAAAAGAUACGUAUUUCUCUGUUUGUCGAGGCAUUUGUAAAAAUACAUCAGAGACCAUGGCGAGGAUGGCGUCGUGACACGUUAUUCUCGUCGUUCAGUGCCCAGUUCGGCGAAGUACCAAAAUGGAAAUAGUGAAGAAAUAAGAAGAACAUUCUCACUGCCUUCAGUUUCCAUUUUCCUGUAUUACCCUUUUGUUAAAUAUCAAAAUAUCUUAUACGUUCCGCUUAGACCAUCGAGGAUGCAAUAAAAUAUUUAUAGAAUGUUCACUCCA